AUGGCAAAGGAUACAAGGAACGAUGAUGUACAUUCUUUGCCACCAAAUAUUGAUUGGAAUGCUUUGCGUAAUGAUCCAGAUUCAAUAGCCCAAAAUGAGAAAAUUUUACAGCUUUUUUUGCAACUGGCGAUGCGGACGGCGAAUCGUUUAACGCGUUUGAAAAAGGAAAUCGAGAAAAAAGAUAGUUGUAACAAACACAAUGAUAAUCUAUCAAGUUCAACAAGUGAGGUUUUCAUAACACAACUGCCAUUUCAAGAAAAUUUAGAUCGACUUGAUGAGAAUCAAGAAAUUCAGAAUCAUUUGUCUUCCGAUUUGUCUGGCGAUUCUGAAAUAAAGGAUAACCAAACUUUGUUAGAAAAUUCAGAUCAAAAUCAAACAGCUUCCGAUCAACAAUUACAAGAGUCGUUUGAUUCCAGCACUCAAAAUAUUAACCGUGAUGGAGAUAUCGCAAGUACUUUGGAUUCCAAGACGAGCAACUUAAUUCAGGAAUCUGUAGAAGAUGUCCAAGACACUUUAUCGAAUGUUACCGGACAUAGCAACGAAACCAUUAAUUUUGACACUUUGCAAACACCAAGUCUUGAUUUAAGUACAACGAAUAAUUCGCUAAAUGCAAAUGAAUCUGGAGCAGAUGUACGAGAUCUGAAACCAGUGGAGGAUGGUAUCAGCCAAAGACUGUUUAACCCAAUCGAGCUAGGAAAGAAUAUUGCGGAUACAUCGGUUAUAAAUGAUUUAACUAAAACUGUGAAUGAGUUUUUUCCGGAAUUGGAAAAGUUGCAGAAAUCACCGCUUGGGAUAAAUCAGAGCACGGGCCUAAUACAAUCUGUCCCAAAAAUUAUUAGUGAUGUACAAAAAAAUGUGAAUCAGCUACAUAAUAUUUCGCAGCUACAUAAUGCGCUAUCAGGAACAAUUGACGGCAUAAGUUCAAAAAUUUUAGAUCCGAGUAUAAUUAAAAAUUUUGAAAGCAUCUUGAGUCCGCAGAUUAUGAACAAUUUUCCUGUUGUGAAUCAGAUUUUAUCGAGCACAAGAAACUUUGCGGAAUUGAUGUUUAAAAUUUUACCAAUGGCUAUAAAAACCACAAAUAAUUUAUUGAAUCAAAUUGUUUCUGAAUCUCAGAAUAUUCAUGAGAUGUUUAACAUAACUGAAGAAAAUAAUCAAGAAAUAAAAACUAGUAAUUUACCGACAAAUGUAGAUAAUUCAACAAUCGACGAUAGCAAUAAUGUACCGGCAUUGUUAAAUGAUCGAAAAGAUUCCUCUAUUCCACUCUUUAGGUCGUUUCCGGAUUUUAACCAACAUGAAAAUAACAAGAGUGAAACUGAUCUUUCUUUCACUCAGACAGAUGAAAACGCCAAUAGAUUUAUCGAUAAAAAAUUAUUAAUAAAAAGUAACGAAACGGAUCACCAUGCAGGUCAAAUUGAUGAAGAAAUAAGAGAUGAAGAAUUUAAGAAGAUAAACGAAACAGAAACAGAUGACAGAGACAAACAAUUAAAUACAUUUUCCGAAAACUUAUCUAAUAAAAACGGAGAAAAUGAAUUGAAAGAGAUUGCGACAUCACCGAAUCAAUUAGAAUCCGCAUUAAUUCCAAUUACGGAAGUCAAGAGUUCGAACGAUACGCAAGAUUUACAAAAUUCUGAAAAUGUGAACGAUACUGUAAAAUCUAAUGUGAACGAAACAAGAAGACCUCAAGAAGAUUUACUUUCUAACAGUGAGAGAAAUCAAAUUUCUCACAUCAUAAAUAAUUUAUCAGAAUUGAGCGAUUAUCGUACUGUCAUUGAUAAUUUAAAGAAAGAGAAUUUGCAUGAGCAGCUGUCUGAAGCAAAAUUGCAAGAGAUCGAUGUUCGAUUAAUCAAUGCACUAUGGCCGAUUAUAGAGAAGAGAAUGAGUGGUAACGCAAGUUAUGUGACCGAUUAUUAUAACGAACAAAAGAAUAAAAAUUUUCCAUCAAACAUAUCGUCUGAUUCUCGGCAAACAAUUGACGACCAAGGCUCAAAUCACAUAUUACAUUCGGAUGAACUAUUCUCGCAAGAAGAAGAGCUCGAUAAGAUUACACGAAGGGCACUCACCAGAGACGCACCAACCAUAAACAUAUUGGACGAAGAAAUUAUGACAAGAGACAUUGUGGCCGACAUGAUGGUCUCCCUAAAGAUGUUUUUGUCGAAAGAGAUCAAGUCGGAGAGCGAUGAGACGGACACGCCCAACAGAAGAUCACUACAUCGUCCUAUCGCGACGAAUGAUGAUUAUGUGACUAUUAGAAUCAAAAUUCGUAAAAAAGAUAUCGUCGAUGCUCUUCAUUAGCUCGACGUCAUGUUUUUUGUUUUAAAUAUAAAAAACAAUUUGGUUAAAUGUCCGAAAAAUUAUUAAUACCAAACUUAUUUCAAAUUUAUUAUUAAUAUCAAUAAAUUUGCAACAAAUGAUAAGUUUAAUGUAUCUGAUCUCCUCUUGUUUUUACAAAUAAAUGAAUUUUUUGUUUACUAUAUAUGUAUAUUUUGUUCAUACGUUUUAUUUGCAAUCCUUGUUUUAGCUAAUUCCGUCAUCAGAAAUAUUUUAUUUAAAAAAUGAAUAUACUGACCGAUGACAAACUUUUUAUUUUCUUCUAUUCUUUAUUUUUAUCUAAUUGCAUUUAGUGAUUUUGAUUGAUGCAAUGCGCAAUUUGUUUUAAAACUAAAAUAUAUCUUUCGUAAUAGAUUUUUUUGUCUUAUAAAUUUAGAAAUUUAGAAAUUUUUAUUUCAAAGAGAAGAGAAUAAAGCAUUAGUCUUAUCCAGUUAUACGUUAAUGUAAAGAAAGAAGUUAAUACAAAGUUAAGAAGUUAAUAAAAAAAAAAAA